GUACACUACACAUUUCCAUUCGGAUUCGGAACAAGGCAAAGAGGUGACCAGGAAUCAUGUUCGGCUUUAAACUGUCUGUGUUGUUCUUCGCUGUAUUGUCACUGAGUAAAUGCAGCGGUAGGUUUAUUUUCUCCUGUAAGUAUCCACCUUCACAGUGGUGCGAUUCUGAAGACAUUGCAGCCGAAUGUGGGGUGCUUGAACAAUGCAUGAAGUUUAACGUGACAAAGCCCAACGCUGACAAAGUGAAUGUGAGCCUGUACUAUGAGUCUUUGUGUCCUGGAUGCAGAGGUUUUCUUGCAGGACAGCUCGUGCCAACCUAUAUAAUGCUUUCAGACAUCAUGAACAUUGAUCUGGUUCCAUAUGGAAAUGCACAGGAGAAAGAAGAUCAGGGGAAGUACACCUUCGUCUGUCAGCACGGAGAGGGUGAAUGUCAAGGUAACAUGAUUGAGACCUGCCUGUUAGAUCAAUUAGGUCUGGAUGAGGCUCUUCUGGUCAUUUUUUGCAUGGAAUCAGGAGCAAAUGUGUUGAAAGCAGCCCAGCCUUGUCUCGGAGUCUACAAACCCGAAAAAACAUGGGAUUCAGUCAUGAAAUGUGUGACGGGAGACCAGGGCAAUAAAUUAAUGCAUGGAAAUGCAGUGAAAACAAAUGCUCUGAAGCCUCCUCAUGAGUAUGUGCCUUGGAUAACCAUCAAUGGAGAACACACAGAGGAUCUUCAGAAUAAAGCAAUGAAUUCUCUCUUCAGUCUUGUGUGCAGUUUGUACAAGGGUGAAAAACCAGCUGCUUGUACUCCAGGGUUGAAGAUGAAAACCACCAGUUACUGCUUGAAUUAAUCAUUAAAUCUGAUAACAACACUAUUCAUGUCAGGAAUGGAGAGAUUAUGUAUGAAACAUACAUGCUGAAAUGUAUUUGAAUAUUUUUGUUGUUUCUUUGUGCUCAUGUAUGUGAAAGUGUCGUUUAAACAUGGUUUUCUGCUGCUGAUUACCAUAUUUUUAUAGUCACGUUUUAAACCUCUUUUUAUGCAUAAACAAAAUUAAAGUACAUUUCCAUCACUUUU